AUGAACAAUGUUUCUCCUGUGGCGAAAUAUGCAUUGUGCAAUAAUAAUUUCCAAGAAAAUUUGCAAAGUAUGAAUGAAGAAAAAUAUAUAGACCAUGAAUUGCUUUUGCGGCAAAAAAAAUAUAUUUUUGAUUCUUUAGUACAGAUGAAUCAAGAAAAUGAAGAACAAAUAUGUUCUGAUAUAAAUAGUGAUAUAUGUAGAGCAUUAUCAAAUUACGCAGAUUAUACAACAAAGAAAACAAAUUAUGUUGUAAAUAAAAGAUUUUCAGAAAUUGAAAACAUUCAAGAAAAUAUAGACGAUAUCGAUUAUUCUACAUUUAAGAAUUUUAGGACAUUACCGGCAAAGUAUAGUAAUGAGAAUGAUAUAAGAAAUAAUAUAAUUUUUAAUAAUAAUAAUAUUUAUAUAUAUGCAGAAAAUAAAAAUGGGACAUUAAAUGAACAAGCUUGUAUAUCUAUAUCACCAAAUAAUAAUAUGAUUUAUUGCUCUACACGAGGAAGAAGAUAUACUAUAGGUGGUGAUUCGGGAAUACAAAAAAAUGUAAACAAUGAAUACAAUUUCUUUGAUGAAAUAAAUAAUACACCAUCAUCACUACAUGACACAAUUAAAACAUAUACAUUUGAUGCCAUAGAUAGCUCAGAAAUUUCUAGCACAUUUACUAAAAUGAAUUUAAUAAAAACAAAUGAUAUUCUUGAUGAUUCAAAUAUAAAUAAAUUAAAUACCGGAAAUAUAUUCAAUGAACACAUCAUAAUGAAUUCAUGUGAUUCAAAUAAUUUAAAUACAACAAAAUGUAUAUCAAAAAAUCUAUCAGUGCAAAAAUUAUUUAAAUAUUAUAAAAAGUGUUCUCAAGAUUUAGAGCAUGAACAAAGAGUGUGUAAGCCUUGUGCCCAUGUCUAUAAUGGAAACAUAUGCAUGAAUGGCGAUGACUGCUCUUUUUGCCAUCAUCCCGAUCAUGUAUUAAUAUCAGCAAAAAAAUGGAAGAAACUAGUAAAAAAUAAUAUGGAAAAAUUAGAUAUACUUUUACAUGUAUUACGUAAUCCAGAUGAUGUUAAUUCAAAACUAUUAAAUGAGAUGCUCAAACAUAAUCCUAAAAAUUUUAAGACAAGCAAAAAAAUUAAUAAUUCCACUAAUAAUACAAUGUUGAAUAUAAAUGUCUGCAAUAAUAAUAACAUGAUAGAUGCUAGCAAUAUUAGUAAUAUCAAUGAUUUUGGAAGCUUGAGAAAUGGAGGAAAUGCCAAUAUUAAUAGAAAAAAUAAAAAUAACAAUAAAAAUAAAGGAUAUAAUUUUCAUAAUAAAAAUGCAACCAAAAUGAUAAAGCCUACAUAUAACUAUUACGAUUCAAAUGAGAUUCCAGACCCUUUCAAAAACAAAUUUCACAUAAGAAAUAAUAAUAAUGUGAAUAUAGAGAGAAAUUAUAAUUUUGUUCCUUAUCAUGCUAAUAUGUAA